AUGACAGAAGAAUUGAGGAACACAAAGGCAGCCACAGAGGCACUGAUUGCCAAAUUCCAAGUUAAUAAGCUGUUGAAGCAAGACCAGCAUGGCCGGCGAAUCACUCUGCUGGGGACAAUUGACGACGAACAGGGCAUCCUAACCGCCGAGCGCACUGCCUUCUCUACAGAAUCCCUCGCAAUCAUCAAAGCCUUCCACGCAGCCAUCACAAAGGUCAACAACCUCGGCGACAACGACAUCUACCGGUGGUAUCUCGCAUCCUCAAACGGUAGCACAGAAACCUCCGAGAUCCAACAAGACCUCAAGCUCAACCUCAUCUGGCCAUGUACAGCACAACACAUCAAGAAAUUCUCCGACCAGCAGCUCCGAAUGGUCACCGAAACGCCGGAGAUCUACGCGCAGCACGUGCGACCCUUCAUGCAAACCAAGCGCGAAGAGGGCCGUCUGAACUGGGUAUUCAAUAUCCUGGAAGGCCGGACCGAGCAGGAGGAUGUAAUUAUGAGAGAUGAUGGGCACGGCCCCGAAGACGCAUUCUUGAUGCUACCGGAUCUGAACUGGGACCGGAAGACUAUGAACUCGUUGCAUUUGCUGGCUCUAGUGCAUAGGCGGGAUAUUUGGAGUCUGAGGGAUUUGAAGAAGAAGCAUGUGCCCUGGCUGCGGUAUCUUCGGCAGCGGGUGCUUGAGGCGACGGUGUCGAUGUAUCCUGAUUUGGAGCAGGAUCAGCUCAAGCUCUAUGUUCAUUAUCAACCGACUUACUAUCAUUUCCAUAUUCAUGUUGUCAAUGUUAUGCUGGAGGCUGGUGCUACCCAGGCUACGGGUAAGGCGUUUGGCUUGGAGAACCUGAUCUCUCAACUGGAAACUAUGACUGGGGAUGAGGAUGCUAGUAUGGCGGAUGUGAGCUUGACUUACUAUCUCGGUGAGGCGAGUGAAUUGUGGACGGAUAUCUUUGCGCCGUUGAAGCAGGGGAAUAAGCCAAGGAGCCAAUGA